CCCGCGGCCGACGCCGCCGCCGCCGCUACCGGAGGCGCAGGAGCCUCGCGAUAGUGUUUGCACAGGCGGCGCGUGACGCCGCCGCCGCCUGUAACUGAUGCAGAGGUUACCCCGCCGCCUCAGCCGCCACCCACCACCCGCCGCCGCCGCCGCCGCCACCCGGGCGACGCCGGGGGCCGACGCACUGCAGAGGUGCCGGCAGGUUCCGCCCGCGGAAGUCUUCUCUGCCGGCGCAGCCCGCGCUCCGCCCGCUCUCCGACCCCGGCCCCAGCGGGCGCCCCCUCGACACUUCUGCCGCCGCGCUCCGUCCCUCUGCCUCUUCCCCGGCGCGCCCGCCGGCUCCCUCACUUCUCCCCCUUUUCCUCCUCCCCGUCCCCUCUCCUCCCCUCACCUCUACCCUCCCCACCUCCCCCCUUCUCGGUUUCCUCCCCCAUCCCCUUGAAUCUCCCCUCCCUGCCCUCGCUCUCUCGCUCGCCCUCAGCGCGGCCCCCGCCAUGACGGAGGCGGGUGCCGGUGCCGUUGCCGCCGCUGCCGUCGCAGGGGGGGAGUCGGGUUCCCAGAAAGUAGCUUGAUGAGUGUCCAAAGUAGCAGUGGAAGUUUGGAGGGGCCGCCAUCUUGGUCCCAGCUCUCCACGUCUCCAACCCCGGGCUCGGCGACGGCGGCCAGGUCCCUGCUGAAUCACACGCCGCCAUCCGGGAGGCCCAGGGAAGGUGCAAUGGAUGAGCUUCAUAGUCUGGAUCCAAGAAGGCAAGAAUUAUUGGAAGCUAGAUUUACAGGAGUUGCAAGUGGGAGCACUGGGAGCACGGGCAGUUGCAGUGUUGGAGCUAAAGCCUCAACAAAUAAUGAAAGCUCUAAUCACAGUUUUGGAAGCUUGGGAUCUUUGAGUGACAAAGAAUCAGAGACACCAGAGAAGAAACAAUCGGAAUCAUCCAGAGGAAGAAAGAGAAAAGCAGAAAAUCAGAAUGAAAGUAGUCAGGGAAAAAGUAUUGGGGGACGUGGCCACAAAAUUAGCGACUAUUUUGAAUACCAAGGUGGAAAUGGCUCAAGUCCAGUAAGAGGCAUACCUCCUGCAAUCCGUUCUCCUCAGAAUUCACAUUCACAUUCCACUCCUUCCUCAUCUGUUCGACCGAAUAGCCCUUCUCCUACUGCAUUAGUUUUUGGGGACCACCCUAUUGUACAACCAAAGCAGUUAUCCUUUAAAAUUACUCAGACCGACCUUACAAUGCUGAAGUUAGCAGCAUUAGAAAGUAAUAAAAACCAGGACCUGGAAAAAAAGGAAGGUCGUAUAGAUGACUUGCUCAGGGCUAAUUGUGAUCUCAGACGGCAGAUAGAUGAACAACAAAAAUUACUUGAAAAAUACAAAGAACGAUUAAAUAAGUGCAUAUCAAUGAGCAAGAAACUACUUAUCGAAAAGAGUACACAAGAAAAACUGUCAAGCAGAGAGAAGAGUAUGCAAGACAGAUUACGCCUUGGGCAUUUCACGACCGUUAGACAUGGUGCUUCAUUUACUGAACAAUGGACAGAUGGUUUUGCAUUUCAGAAUCUUGUAAAGCAACAAGAAUGGGUGAAUCAGCAAAGGGAAGAUAUUGAAAGGCAAAGGAAACUUCUAGCCAAACGCAAACCUCCCACAGCUAAUAAUUCUCAGGCACCCUCUACCAAUUCUGAACCAAAACAAAGGAAAAACAAAGCAGUCAAUGGAGCAGAAAAUGAUCCCUUUGUUAGACCAAAUUUACCACAACUGUUGACUUUGGCAGAAUAUCAUGAACAGGAAGAAAUUUUCAAACUUAGACUAGGACAUCUCAAAAAGGAAGAGGCAGAAAUUCAGGCAGAACUUGAACGUUUGGAAAGAGUCAGAAAUCUUCACAUUCGAGAGCUCAAAAGAAUAAAUAAUGAAGAUAAUUCACAGUUCAAAGAUCACCCAACGUUAAAUGAAAGAUAUUUAUUACUCCAUCUGCUUGGUAGAGGUGGCUUUAGUGAAGUGUAUAAGGCUUUUGACCUUUAUGAACAAAGAUAUGCUGCUGUGAAGAUCCAUCAGCUUAAUAAAAGUUGGAGGGACGAGAAGAAGGAAAACUACCACAAACAUGCCUGCAGAGAGUAUAGAAUACACAAAGAACUGGAUCACCCCAGAAUAGUUAAACUCUACGAUUAUUUCUCCUUGGAUACAGAUACGUUUUGUACAGUGUUAGAAUACUGUGAAGGCAAUGACUUGGAUUUCUAUCUGAAGCAACAUAAAUUAAUGUCAGAGAAAGAAGCUAGGUCUAUUGUAAUGCAGAUUGUAAAUGCACUAAGAUAUCUCAAUGAAAUCAAACCCCCUAUUAUACAUUAUGAUCUUAAACCAGAACUUUAUACUUUGUUCUUAGGGAACAUCCUUCUGGUAGAUGGAACAGCAUGCGGAGAAAUUAAAAUUACUGAUUUUGGUCUGUCCAAGAUUAUGGAUGAUGACAGCUAUGGUGUAGAUGGAAUGGAUCUAACUUCCCAAGGGGCAGGCACUUACUGGUAUUUACCUCCUGAGUGUUUUGUAGUUGGAAAGGAACCACCGAAGAUUUCCAACAAGGUUGAUGUGUGGUCAGUCGGAGUCAUCUUCUUUCAGUGUCUUUAUGGUAGAAAACCAUUUGGUCACAAUCAAUCUCAACAAGACAUUCUUCAAGAAAAUACAAUAUUAAAAGCCACAGAUGUCCAGUUCCCUGUAAAACCGGUUGUAAGCAGUGAAGCAAAGGCCUUUAUAAGACGCUGUUUGGCAUACCGAAAAGAAGAUAGGUUUGAUGUGCACCAACUGGCAAAUGACCCCUAUCUUCUCCCACACAUGAGAAGAUCCAAUUCUUCAGGAAACUUACACAUGGUUGGGCUGACAGCAUCCCCUACACCCCCUUCUUCAAGCAUAAUUACUUACUGACUUUCCUCCAAAAUUGGCAUGAUGUCUUUGAAUUGCUUCCAGAUGCAUACUUGAGUUUGAGAGCUUUUGAGUGUUUUUGUUGUUUUCUUUUUUACACAGGAUAUGGUUGAGAACUGUUUGUGAACUGAAGUUCUUCAUAGCAUCGUUUGUAUGAGAGUGGAUCAUGGGCAGUGAAUAAAUGUACACUUCUGACUGUAAUCUUGAGCAGUGAAGGGUGACUGCCUGUUGCACAGAAACAGGAAUACCAUGUUAAGAUAACAGAACAAUGGUUUUUUGGGGGGAACACUGUAAAUAACGUUUACAAUACUUAAAUACAUUUGGUUGUUACUAGAGAGUUCUAAUAUGAAGGGUGGUUUUUCAUUAUUUAAAAACACAUGGAAAAAAUAUGAGACAUAUUUCUAACACAGGAACUAUCUAGUGCCUGGAUACAUUCUUCAGCAUUCAGCAGUUUAUCUGCUGCAACCAAAGUAAGAACUGAAUGACAGUGACAGUUGUGUUUUAUAGUAAUAGAAUGUGAGAGUUAGACUCUUUGGACAAAGUUAUUAGACUUUUGUCAUUUGCCUAUUCUGGCUUUUACCAAGUUGUACCUCGAAAUCACAUGUCCACUUUUUUCACUGGUCAUGUUAAAGGGAGAGCUAUUCCUAGAUACAUUACACCUUUGACAAAGUGAGCUGCUUGUUUUGAAAUCAGCUGAAGUCACUAAAUUAUAAUAUCUCCAGUGUUCUCAACAUGUUAGAAUUGUUAACAGGUAUUUUUCUUUUGUUACCAGGCCUUGUUCAUUCAAACAAGUGACAAUACGUAACCAAAUGCAGACCAGUUCUAUGCAGGAUAAUGAUAAAUUCCCUUCUAGCUCUAUUGUAAAUUGUGUACAGAUGUCGUAUUUCAAUUACCGAGUUUCAGCAGCUUAUUCUUGUACAAAUGUUUAAAAAUAUGCCUUUUCUAAUUGGAUAUUGUAUUUUUUUUAAGUCUUCUUGAAGGCGCUUUAAUUGCUGCUAAAUGAUGUUGCUUCUUUGCUAAAAAAAAUCAAAUGACCUCCUUAAAGGUGCAAGUUGACUGUACAUUAUAGAGAGAUUAUUAAAAGCAGGCAUUUAUUAACAAUCAAGGCAUGUAAAAAUGAUCCGUGUUGGACAUAAAGAGCUCUCGAAAUCAGUUUCUUGGUUUCUAGGGCUGUGGAGCACAUAUAUACUAGAUUUAUAAAUUGUUCAUGGUAAUCCUACAUUUCUAGAAAGUUCUUAUCAGCAAGGUGGGAUGAUGGUCCCUUAAACGAGUUUCUUGUGGUUUGUACAGAUUUGUUAAAAUGUGAACAUUCUCUAACUGCCUUGUAUGGUAGAAACCAUUAUUUUUCAGGAUGCUGUAUGUCACUCCUCUAAGAAACUUCCUUAUCAUCACAUUCAUAAUGCUGAUACUUACAUGUAAAUUGUCCAUGUUGCCGAAAAAGGAGGCUAUGCUUACCACAGAUUCCCCUUAAUAUUGUACAGUUAAACCAUGGCUCUUUGUUCUUUCAUUGUACAUAGACACAUUGUCUCUUUAAGAUGCUGCUGAAAUUGUAGAGAAUGUAGCCAAAACAGUAAUAAACAAUGACAGUUAAAAUUU